CAAACUCAAAGAGGCUAUUGAUGAAACACAAAAAAAAAAAAAAAAAUUGCUGGAUAUCAAAAAUACAUUGUAAAAACACGCUGUAAAAUAUAACGGGAAGCUAUUUACACAACAAUCCCAGGAUACCGGUUUUUCAUUUUUCAGUAUAUCCUUUUCUCUUCGAUUUUCCCCUCCCCCAUAAGUCAUUGAAAGAGCAGAGGCGCUAAUAUCCCCAACUUGAUCAUCUUUCUUCAUUCUCUUCUCCUGCCAUUUGCCAAACACUUUUCUCAUUCAUUUCCAAGCCUAACAAUACAAUCUCUUCUUUGGGUUUCUAAAUUGAGACCGCCACCACCCCAGAUGGCGGCAACCACCACUACCACCACCUCAAUUCUCUACCCUAUCCCUCCAUCUUCUUCUUCCUCCUUAUCAUCUAGAAGUACAAUUUCAUCCUCAUUCUUCAGAAGAACUUCAUUACCAAAACCCCUAACCUCAAUCAACAAUACAACAACUCAUUCACGAGUGGUUAUCAGAUCAGCUGUAGCAAUCGAGAAAGAAACGCCAGAAACUGAAAGACCUGAUACAUUUCUAAGAGAAGUUGAUGACCCAUCUUCAUCAGCAGCAUCACCACAUUCUUCAAAUGUUAGGGCUAAAUUUGAGAAGAUGAUUAGGGAAGCUCAGGAUAGUGUUUGUGCAGCUGUUGAAGCAGCUGAUGGUGGUGCUAUUUUCAAAGAAGAUGUUUGGUCUAGACCUGGUGGUGGUGGUGGUAUUAGUAGAGUACUACAAGAUGGGAAUGUUUGGGAGAAAGCUGGUGUUAAUAUUUCUGUUGUUUAUGGUGUUAUGCCUCCUGAAGCUUAUAGAGCUGCCAAGGGUGACAAUUCUACAACCACUAAGCCUGGUCCUGUUCCCUUCUUCGCAGCUGGGAUUAGCUCUGUAUUGCAUCCAAAGAAUCCAUUUGCACCCACACUUCACUUCAAUUAUCGGUACUUCGAGACUGAUGCUCCAAAAGACGCACCUGGAGCACCUCGAUCAUGGUGGUUUGGUGGUGGUACUGAUUUAACACCUGCCUAUAUUUUUGAGGAUGAUGUGAAACAUUUUCAUACGGUUCAAAAAAAUACUUGUGAUAAAUUUGAUCCUAGCUUCUACCCCAAAUUCAAGAAAUGGUGUGAUGAUUACUUCGUUAUUAAGCACCGAAAUGAAAGGCGCGGGCUUGGAGGAAUAUUUUUUGAUGAUCUUAAUGACUAUGACCAAGAGAUGCUUCUCUCCUUUGCCACUGAAUGUGCAAACUCUGUUGUACCUGCAUACAUACCCAUUGUAGAAAAAAGGAAAGAUACACCAUUCACCGAGCAGAAUAAAGAAUGGCAGCAAUUGCGGAGGGGACGAUAUGUAGAAUUCAACUUGGUUUAUGACCGUGGUACAACAUUCGGACUUAAGACAGGGGGCAGAAUUGAGAGCAUUCUCGUUUCCCUCCCACUAACAGCACGAUGGGAGUAUGACCAUAAACCUGAGGAGGGUAGUGAAGAAUGGAAACUGCUAGAUGCAUGCAUCAAUCCGAAGGAGUGGAUUUGAUUUAAUGUCUAUGAAGGAUCUCUCUUCAGAUCUCCACCAGUUUUUUGUUGUUUUUUUUCAUUCUUUUUUUUGAUGGGUUUUGGCUCGGCUGCGCCGUUGUAUUUGUAUUAUUGGAGUGUAGAGACUAGAGAUAGGUAGAGAGGGAAAUUGUUGUAAUUUAUUCCUAAGUUUUGGUUGUAUUCAUUUCUCAAAGCUGUUAGCUGUUACUACAAGAUUUUGAAUAAGCAUCUAUCUUAUCCUUUGUUA